GUGAAUGGCCGGUAUUUCAGCCUUCAUCAGCUGCUCCAGCCUGCCAGGGGUCCCCUUCCUCCUCCUCCUCCUCCUCCUCCUCAUCCUCCUCCGCACGUGGAGGAGCAGCAGCAGCGCAGUCCCCGGCCACGGCUGCCCCGGUCCAACGGGAACAAACCGGCUCUGUGAGCGCGCACAGAGGAGCCUUCAUCCCCGCAGGGCCCCCUCCUCAUCCUCCCCCCAUCCCCCCGCACCCCUCAAUGGCCGGAUUGUGCCCGGCCGGGGCAGGUGCCGGAGCAGUGCAGGGCCGGUGGGAGCGGGCACGUACCCCCCAUGGCAUAGGGGACACCCUCAUGGCAUGGGGGGCACCCCAUACAUAACAUCGGGCACCCCCCCAUGGCAUAGGGGACACCCUCAUGGCAUCCGGGACACCCCAUACAUAACAUCGGGGACCCCCAAGGAAUCGGGGACCCCUCAUGGCAUGGGGGAAACCCCCAAGGCAUCAGAGACACUCCCAAGGCAUAGGGGACAUCCCUAAGGCAUUGGGGCACCCUCAUGGCAUCGGGGACCCCUCAUGGCAUGGGGGGCACCCCAUGGCAUCGGGGACCCCUCAGGGCAUCAGGGGCACCCCAGCCGUGCCCAGUGCGGGGGCAGCGAUGGGGACCCGUGCCCACACGGUGCCUGGAGGGCGCAGUGGCACGUCGCCGUCCCUGUCCCCUGCAGACCUGGACAAGCUGCUGUCGGACCUGCGCUCCUUCCUGCUCAUCCUGGACCGCGAGAGCCUCAGCGCCGCAGCUCGGGUCAAGAAAAGAUCCGUGUCCGACCUCCUGGCCCGGCUGCAGGGCCCGCCGUCAGAGGAUGCAGAGUACAUGAUCAUGCGCUGCCUCUCGCCCUCCCCGGGGACCCCGCAGGGCCGGAGCAGUCCGGGCUCCAGGAGCGCGGAUGCAGCGGGAGGCAGAACCUGCGAGUGCCGCCCGGGCAGCGCCCCGAGCCCGCACGGAGCGAACAAGGAGCCGGGCGUCCCCCCGGCCCCCCCAGCCGAUGACUCCUACGAAGACGCCGAACCCCCCGGCUAUGGCAGAACCGGCGGUGGCGACAGCGACAGCAGCCACUACGAGUCGUACGGAGAGGAGGAAGAGGAGGAGGAAGGGGUGACGGAUAGGGCCCACUACCUGCGCUGGCCAUCGGCCACAAGCGGCGAGACCGAGCCCCCCGGGCGCCCCGAGCCGCAGCUCUGCGGCUUCCUCUGGAGGAAGCGCUGGCUCGGGCAGUGGGCGAAGCAGCUCUUCAUCGUCCGGGAGCACGUGCUGCUGUGCUUCAGGUGCGCCGCUGACCUGCAGCCGGUGCUGGAGCUGGACCUGCGCGGCUGCCGGGUCACCUACAAGGACAAGCGGGGCAAGAAGAUGCCCCACGCCCUGAAGGUGACAGGGACGGCAGGAGAGGUGUUGGUCAUCGGCUUCCAGAGCCGGCAGCAGGCUGAGGACUGGAGGAAGGUGAUCGAGGAGGUGAGCAGCGAUGCCCCGAGCGGGCUGGCAGCCCUCAGUGUCCCCGCGUCCCCUUCCUCGAGGCUCAGCAGGCUCGCCAAGGAGGAAGAGGAGGAGGAGAACCGCUCCCGGCAGAGCCCUGCCCGCAGCCCGCGGCCCGGAGAGGACGCCAAAGGAGGGUUCCUGGCCGUGCGGCUGCGCGGGCGCUGGCAGCGCCUGUGGUGCGCGGUCCGGCACGGAGCCCUGCGCAUGUUCCCGGAGCCCGGCGCUGCCCAGCGCCCCGUGUGCGCCCUGCGCCUGGACGGCUGCGAGGUGUCCCCCGGGGCGGCCGCCGGCUCCCCCCAAAACCUCCGGAUCCGCAUCGCCCAGCGCGGCCGGGAGCUCGCCCUGCUGCAGGCCCGUUCGGACGAGGAAAGGGAAGCCUGGCUGAAGACCCUGCAGGCCAGGGGAGGAGUGGAGCCAAAGAAGGCUGAUGGGCCCCCCCCGAGACCCCCCAGGCCGAGCAGCCGCCCCGCUGCCGGGGGGCUGCUGCUGCGCCGCGUCCCCACCCCCAACGCCUACAUGGACGAUCCCUUCGGGCAGCCCCCGCCAGCUGAGAGCCCCAAACAUCUCUACUCCAACGCGGAGCGGCUGCAGCAGCUGCAGCAGAGCCUGGACCGGGCAGCGCCGGGGCAGCGCCGGAGACCCGUGUCUGCCCUGCCCUCCUGUGCCAGCCCCGCCCCGGGCGGUGCCCGGCCCGCGCAGGCAGCAGCACCAGCAGCUCUCCGGGCCAGGCCUGCCAGCGCCCAGCUGUCGAAGGACAGCCCCAGCCUGCAGAGCAGGGAUUUCUGCCUCUCCCAGCACACCCUGACCCUGCCCCAGAGGAAGGGGGCGCGGGAGGGGCUGGAUGUCCUCGUCGGGAAAAGAGCGUUUCCCAAGCUGGAGGAGAAGGUGGGGCAGCUGGAGAGGGGCGUGAAGGGCAGGCUGAAAGCCGGCUCCGAGAUGAACCUGCUGGCGCUCGGGAAGUCACUGAAGGGUCACAUCACCGCCACCGCCAGCUCGGCUGGCUCCGAGGGAUCGUUCCUCAGGCCGCUGCUGAAGCGCACCACCUCGGCCAGGAGCGCCCUGAGGCCGCCGCCAUCCCCGGUCGUGGCGGGGAAGGGAAAUGUGAUGAGGAAGACAAAGGAGUGGGAGAUGAAAUCUGCGAUGUGAGCACGCAGCAGGAGUCUCCCAGAGACCAUCGGGCUGCACGUGGAUCGUGCAGGACCAGCCUGGGACCAGCCUGGAAUUUGAAUGUAUCCGUCAGUAUCAACGCUACAACUACGCACAUCUAUUUUUUAUAUCCAGAUAUAU